UUCAGCUGUUUGUUUCGAGGUUUAAAUGUGGUGAAUUUCAGCAUGUUGGGAAUAGAUGACACUGGGACACUGUGUGAUCAACAUGCAUCCUCGGGUAGGCUAUUUGGAUCCGCUUUAUUGCUCCCUGGAAGCCUAUUUCAGGUACUUUCCACACUGCUCCACAGAGAGGAGAGCAAUAAAUGCUCAUCUUUAUCAGGAAACGGCUUUGAAUCGGCCUCGUUGUUUCAUCUUAACGUCAGCACAGUAAGCGGAACCGUGAGGAACUUCUCCAAACCUUCUGUUGUUUGUGUUUCAGAAUAAAGGUCUCUUGGAGUAAAGAACGGCGGGCUCUGUCAGGUGCGUGCCUCAGGUUGAGUUUGAACUCGUGCCUAGCGCCACUAAUCAGUCAUCACUUUGCCACCGUGAAACUGAGUUAACACUGAGCUGACUGUAGGAGCGCGCAUGCCCCAAACAGCUGCCUGACUUUGAUGUUCGGAGGCUUUGGGCUUGCCUCACCGUUUAAGCCCAAUUAGUCAUUAAUCAAUUCCAUUCCACUCGCUGCAUGAUUCUGCUUCAGGUUUUGGCUCUAACAGGCUCAGUGCCGGAGAUGCUGUAGCUCACACUGCCGCUAGAAGAAACGCCGAGGUCUUCCGACUCCACCGGAGCUCCAGAGUGCCGCUCACGGAGCGGAACUGUUCGCGAUCAGCGGAUGAAUGGGACUUUGCGCUGGACCCCGAGCCCGGCUUUGCGCGAAGGUGUGGCGCACAGGCGGUGAGGAAAAGUCCUUUCUUUCUCUGAGAGGCGCGGAGGAGAGCGCACUGCUGUGAGGACGCGAGGCUGAGAGCGGCAGAUGUCAGUCCCAGACGCCGCAGCUGCUGUGCCACUGUGCCGGACGCCCGUUGUCGCUUUCUCCUGUUCGUCACCCACUGCUCCCAGCGCGUCCACGUCCCUCGGGGGGAGAUUUCGGACGGCUGUGAGGGAGUGCUGCUGCAGACACUAACGGGGAAUGCCAUGUGUCGCCGCGCGACAUAGGAGCUCUUUGUGGGCUGUUCUGCACCGUGGACAGGUGGUGCCCCGUGUGUGUGUGUCCGUGUGUGCGCUCACACUAGCAGGGGGUUCGGACAGUUGUCUGGGGGAUGUCAGGCCAGCGUACGAGAUCAGCGUUUGCCAGAGACAGGUGCGGCAGGGAGGAGUAGUUUCCAAAGCCCUCCACCGGAUCUGGUAACGCAGUAACGAGCUCGCUCUCGGAUAUUUUGUACCCAGUGAGGAGACACAACGGACUCGCGCUGCUUUCACUCUUCUUGUCCCUGAUAGUGAGAGACUCUGCAGUUGGGUUGCUAUGGCAGCUGUGGCCCCUUCCUACUUCUUCCUGCUGUGUUGGCUGCUGCGAACGGCUAGCUCGGCUUUCCCGGAGGAACCAGGGCCCCUGAACUUCAUCCCUACAGAAGUGGUGAGAAGAUACCCCGUGUUUCUGGGCCGACCGCACAAAACGUGGCUGAGACAAGAGCCUCUGCACGUCCAGAGGAUCCUGCAGGUCAAUCGGACGCUCUACAUCGGAGCGAGGGAUGACCUUUUUCGUGUGGAGCUGGACACCACUGCAGGAGAUGAGAUGUUUUACAACAAGAAAAGAACGUGGGAGUCAAACAAGAACGACAUCCGGAUCUGCAGGAUGAAGGGCAAACAUGAGGAUGAAUGCCGUAACUUCAUCAAAGUGCUGCUCAGCAGAAACGGAGGCUUGUUUUUGUGUGGAACCAACGCCUUCAACCCGCUGUGUGCCAACUACACUGGAGACACUCUGGAGAUGCUGGGAGACACAGUCAGUGGGAUGGCCCGGUGUCCCUAUGAUCCCAAACACGCCAACGUAGCUCUGGUCGCAGAGGGGAAUCUGUUUACGGCCACAGUGACGGACUUCCUGGCCAUCGACGCGGUGAUCUACCGUAGCCUCGGGGACAGUCCUGCUCUGCGCACCGUGAAGCACGACUCCAAGUGGUUCAGAGAGCCGUAUUUUGUCAGUGCCGUGGAGUGGGGACCUCACAUCUACUUCUUCUUCAGAGAGAUAGCCAUGGAGUUCAAUUACCUGGAGAAGGUGGUGGUGUCACGCGUUGCCCGGGUAUGCAAGCGGGAUCAAGGCGGGUCUCAGCGCGUCCUGGAGAAGCAGUGGACGUCGUUCUUAAAGGCCCGUCUGAACUGCUCCGUGCCCGGCGAUUCCCACUUCUACUUUAACCUGCUCCACUCCACCAGCCCCAUCAUCAGGAUGCACGGCAGGGACAUCGUCCUGGGGGUGUUCUCCACACCAGCCAACAGCAUUCCAGGUUCGGCGGUGUGCGCCUUUGACAUGGAGCAGCUGGCUGCUGUGUUUGAUGGAAGGUUUAAGGAGCAGAAAUCACCAGAGUCUAUUUGGACGCCUGUUCCAGAUGAAGUCAUCCCAAAACCAAGACCCGGUGGUUGUGCCGUUCAAGGAUCCAAGUUUAAUUCCUCCAACUCCUUCCCCGAUGAGAUGUUAAAUUUUGUGAAGACCCAUCCUCUGAUGGAUGAAGCAGUCCCAUCACUGGGACAACGACCCUGGAUAGUGAGAACCAUGGUCAGGUACCAGCUGAAUAAGAUUGUGGUGGAUACCGAGGCCGGGCCCUACAGAAACCGCACCGUGCUCUUCCUCGGCUCAAGCAGAGGGACCAUCCUCAAGUUUCUCAUCAUGCCCAACCAGGACAAUACCGUUACCAAUAGCAACAUCUUCCUGGAAGAACUGGAGGGCUUCAACCCCGAUAAGUGUGCUGAGGACUCUCUGCAGGCCAGGCAGCUGUUGUCCCUGACUCUAGACCGGAUGAGCCACACUCUGCUCCUCGCCUUCCCGUCCUGUGUGGUCAGAGUACCAGUGGCACGAUGCCAGCUUUAUUCCCGAUGCAUGAAGAACUGCAUCGCCUCCAGGGACCCUUACUGUGGCUGGACCAGAGGAAGCACCUGCUCUUUCCUCAGACCUGGAACCAGACUGCCUUUUGAGCAAGAUGUUGAACAUGGAAACGUGGACCACUUGGGCGACUGUGACGGAAUUCUGCUCCAAGAGAGUUUCAUGGAGGAGCCCGAUGGCCUCGUGUCCGUAAACCUCUUAGUGGUGUCUGCUGUUUCAGCUUUUGCAACAGGAGCCGUCCUUUCUGGUCUCACCGUCUGCUGGAUCAUGAGUCACCGGCACCGCCACUCUCGCGGCUCCGGAGCCGGCGGCGCCCGGCGCAAAGGCGACAAAGAGCAAAGCAUGCUGGGACAAGGCCGCAGCGGGUCGGUGAUGAGCGUGACGAGAACCAGCGGCGGGGAGCGGCGCUGUUCACAGGCGGACAACCCCUUCGUCACGCCCAACGGCUGGCCUAAAGGAGAGAUGGACCCCGGCUUGCUGCCCACGCCCGAGCAGACCCCCCUGCAGCAGAAACGGGGUGUACGUCUCCCGGACACCGAGUGGGACCAGAGUCAGACCUUCCUCACUGCCGUUGGGACUCCCUGCCCUAACAACUCCGUCAUCUACCUGAGCUCCAAGUUCCUGCACGGUGGUGGAGGCGGCGGUGGUAUGGUCCGGAUAGAUGACCCAGGAGAGGUGGUGCUGCCUCCACACACAGAACGCCAUCGCUACCUGAUCCUCGCCACGCAGAGAGGGGAGCACGGUAGCAAUCGCCCCACCGGUGCGCUAAGGAACUCAGCAGGAGAAUACAUCUACCCUGCCACGCCGCAGGACUCCCCCGACCGACGGAGGGUGGUGUCCGCUCCCACUCCCCACAUGGACUACGGGGAGCCUCGCUGGAGUCAUGAGGCGCUCAACUACAACAGCAACAAUGGCGCACCCUAUCACCCUCAGCGCCAGGGCCUCAUCAGGCCAGACAUGCACGGGCCCCGAGGGCUGGGAGAACUGGCUGACUUCAGCCAUCUUCUAGGAAAGAGCGUGGGCGAGCGCAACCCCAGUGGCCAGUGAGGCGACGCAGACGAGCCCUGACGCCAACCCCUUCCCUCCAACAGCAAACUGGAAUCAAACAACCCUCAGAUUCACUGUCCCGGUCCAACCUUACCCUGUCUGUCCUCUCUCACUGUCAUUCAAUGUUCAGACAUCACUCAGCUGACUAAAGAGAGGGACAAAGAGAGAGAGCUGACAAAGAGGAGACAACUCUCUGUACAUCUCCGUUCCUCCGUUCGUAAUCCGAGGUGCACGCCUCGGCUCUGUUGGUGGAUCCAACCGCAGAGCGUGACUUUGACUCCACGGGACGACCGGCGAGCUAAAAAGAGGGGUGCGGAGAACGAAGGCUCUUCAUAGAAGGACAGUGUGGAGAUUAAAAAAACAAACAAAUAAAAUGACAAUUUGGCUUGCAGCACCAAAUGUGAAAGGUCUCCCUCCACCAUUCUGUUCACUGUUUUAACACCACGGAUCUUCUUUAAGUGUGAAAUCACGUUUCUGCUUUGGUUUGUUGAUGCCGGUGGCGUCCAGCAGACAACCAUGUGCUUUUCUUUGGACUCGAACUGAUGUCGCUGUCAAAGGGCCGCGACUCUCAGCCAAUCACGCUGUGUGUAUGUGCGAAUACGUGUGGCCACGACAACCCCAGCCAGCGUCCUGUCUUAACUGUGAAGUACACCUGUAUAAUGACGAUGGUAAUAACAUUGUUUUCUUUUUAUAACCAAUCACAGAGAGACAGACGGAUUUUUAUCAAGUGUCUACUUGAGGCUCUUUGUGUUCACCAAUCGGAGGUUUGGAUGGUUGGUUGAUCGGUGGCUAGUGAGGAGGUCGGACUCGCUCUGUGAAAGUAAAAAAAAAGAGCAAUAAUGAGCAAGAUAUAUAUAAGGAUAAAGAUAAAGCCAAUUUAAUUUGAUAUUUUUAUAUCAGCAUUUUCUCAGCAAGGAAAACCGAAGCUUCGAGACGUCGGAAAGGCUCUGGGAAAAAGGAACAGUAUCUCCACUCCACCCCCCUCCCUUGCUGCCUCUCAGUAUGCCUGGGUCUGUCUGACCUGACCCGAGGCCUCCCCGGGCUCCGCAGUUCAUUUGAAGGAGGGAAUGUGAGCUCUGACUGUCUGCCCGGCCGCUUGGGAGCUCCAUUCAGCCUCUUCUGUCCGACACUGAGACUCUUUGUGCCCCAGAGGCGGGAGGAGACUGCGGCAACAAAUAACCGUUAAGAGUCAAGGACCUAGCCCACCGACAUAGCCCGGCGGAAUAUCAAUGAGGAGGACAGCAGCUCCAUCCGUCACGAGAGACACAGCGACUGGGCCCGGGCAUCUCUCGCGCCUCAUGCACACUAGCGAUUCACUGGUUUGCCGGGACAGGGAGGAGCUGAGGGGCUGAAGCUGGGGCUGAGGCCAGAGUAGGGGCACUGCUCGCUGUUCACAAUGGUCAUCCCUUGUGGCUCUGUCCCUUUCUUGCUCUCAGUGUGUUUCCCAACAAUAGCAGGAUAAAGAAAACAGACGGGCAUGGGUAUAUUGGGGUGUGGAGUUACUCUUUCACUGCGUUGUCUGAUCUUUUGAUGUUUCCUAUUUUCAUCAGCUCUCAUCUGUCCUCGAUUCAAACGUAGAUAGCUUCAUCUGGGUCAUACGUUCGUAAAGGUGGUGUUUUUAUGAGUGUGUGAGUCUCUUAGGGCUUGUAUACAUGAAUGUGUUACUCAUAUUGAGUGCAACAAAACAGCUCAUUCUCGCCCUGCUUUUCUUUUCUCUGUUGAACCAUUAAUGACCGUCUAACACUCACAAAUGCAUGUUAACAAUGUCAGAGCCCUGCGUGGGAGCGCUGUAUGCUAUAGAAUACGUUUAAACCAUUAUACCGCGCACAAAGAAGCGAGUUAAAAUGGACGAGCUAGGUUUUCCGCUUUAAAUUAUAGAUGCUAUCAACAUACACAAGACACACAUCUUUUGGUCCUGACACCAAACGACCCUUUUUCUAUUCAGAUCAGUGGUUUUUCCAUCAAAGCGGGACGCAUGCCCGCCCAGAAACUUUAAGCUACCUUAUAGGACCUCCAGGGUUACAACAGCUCGUCAUUGGGGCAGUACUCUCUGAUGUACUGUCAUUGUGCCCUGGAGGUUUGUAGCUUACAGAGACCAGUCCAGCACCUCAGUUUCAUACCUUAAUGCAGCAGUCCAAUAAAACUAUUAAUCAACACGAAUGUCUUUGAACUGUGGAAGAAGCUGCAGCACCUGGAGAGAAACCCACACAGGCACAGGAAGAACAAGCACGCAAGCUAGAUCCAAAAAAUGCUUUUCAUUUCACUUUGAUUUAACAGUUUGGUAUUUCUUAUAUUAAACUCCAGAAGAGAAGGUCCUGUGAUUAGACCCGAGGAGGUAGACUGCACUUGUGGAGACAGAAAAGCUUUUUCUUUGUACCCACACCUUUCAGCUCUCUGAGGAUUUAUGGCACCAUUUCCAAAGAUUUUCAGUUUGUUUUCUGCCUUAAAACCUUCGAUCGAUCUCACUGCAGGGGUCGUUUGCAUGUUCUGACUGUGCCUUACUCCAGGUUCUCUGGCUUUUUCUCAAAUGCAUAUGUUUUAGUUUGACUGGUGAUUCUAGUGUGUCUGUGACUGUUUGUCUGCCUGUGUGCGUGAGCCCAGCCUCUCACCUGAAGUCAGCUCCAUUCUCACGUCUGGUAUCGUACAUCGUCAGUUUCUGCUGCAGCUUCUUGCAUUUUUUCACCUUUUUUCUUUUACAAAAUAAGUAAUAAACUUAGUUCGAGCGCAUAGAAACACAUGCAGGCAUAUUUUGAACAAGAACCGUGUGAUCCAAGAAGCGUAAACAGAAGCAUAAAUCUGACCCGACACUCGAUACCACCUGACAGUGUUCAGCUCCGCAGACACAUUUCUGUUGAGGUUUAAUACCCAGCCCUAACAAAUGUACAGCCAGGCUUGACGUAAUAUAUGAGACAGGCCAGUGAAAGAGAUUUACGAAGACAAGGACAGAGGAGGAGGUCAAGCAGGCAAACGUGAUGUUACUGCAUUACCGCCUCGCCACCACAUUAAAGCAGUGUAUUCUUUACACAUUCCACCCUGAAACAGGUCAUUAGUACUGAGGAUAGGAAGCUCUCCACCAGCCAGGACGCCGCUCGUCUCUCUCCCACCGCCGGGUCUGCGUGUGUGUGCCCACGAGGCCUCUCUGUCUCGCUCGGCGUGCCCAGCGAGGCGUCUCCUCGCUCCGCAUCUCCUCCGGUUUUUUCGCUAAACAUGCUUGAUUAGGCAAAGUACAUUCCCGGCCCUCUAAUGGCCUGAUGAGCCCCUGAGAAGAUUACUGCAGACACAUCAGCCCUGAGAGGGAGGCGCUGUUCAACCAGCUCCGCUAACCACCAGCAGAUCACACACACACACACACUCGCGUGCAAACGCACAAAAAGGACCUUUAACCAAAUUUGGGGCACAAUUGAAUUAGGAUCCGCUCUGACUGGUGUACAUGUUACUUUACUGACUGCAUAAUUUGAUUACCUUAGUUCAACAUUACACCGGAGCUAAAAAAUUCACGUGGACCUCAUGAGUGCUCUGUUUAUUAAAGCCAUCAUCCUCCCCUUUCUUUGCAUACUUCAUGUCAUUCCCGUUCCUCCUCACCGAGCAGCUGCACUUCUUCUCCUUUUCUUUAAACCCUUUGAUUGUUAGCAGACUCUGCCAGCCCAGCUCUCAUUGCACUUGUCACUAUUAAAGGUUAGCUGGUUAAUUUAAUGAUUCAGUAACAGAAACAGAAAUCAAAGUACCCUCCACUUUAUUUCACAUUAAAUCCUUGAUGCGUAACAGUUUUUAGACAUUUCCGUAAGCUCUCAUGUGGCAAAUUGCUUUCUUUUUCCUAUAAGGGCUUUUGUUUUGUUUUAUUUAAAUGUAGCGUAUACUGCCUCCAGUCCUGCAAACACACACACACACACACAUUCUUCCUCUUUAUCUCUGCUCUGCACGAAUCAACACACACAUAAAAUUUCCAUCUCUGUCUUUGUGACCCAGCCAGUCUGUGAUUUUAUUUAUUAAGAUGUGUGUGCGCGCACUCGCUGAAGAGACCAUACCUUUGUGUGUUGGGGUUGUUUGUGCCGUGUGGCCCAGUCACGUGAUGCCCCCCAGCCAGUAACUGCCAUUUUGCCCCACGGUGCUCCAGUGCGCUGUCCGUGCUUUAUGCCCCAGAAAAGGUCCAGGAAGGAGGCUAACUCGCUUGAAAUCCAGCGAUGCACGGGGAUGUGGUGAAACGAGACUGCACCUCCUCGGCCAACAUGCGAGAAGAAAAAGCACAAACGGCAAAAACAAAAUCAACGUUUGCAUUUUUGUAAAGUUGUAGAUGUAUUUAGUCGGCGCUGACCAUUUUUGUCAUGUUUGCUUUUUUCUAUUGUUUGUUUCUGUGGUAGAUACUUGGUUUUAAGAUUUCUAUGGAAUAUUACUGUAUAUGAUUUCAAUUCUCUGAUGUGCCCGAUUUGAUGAUGACAAUGAACCCGAUGACUAUCAUGACGAGCAGUACUGUGAGCAGCACCCAGGUGUUGCGUCCUGUUUGGAUCUGAAUGUGAAUGUGAAUCGGAAGAAGAAGAGGAGGCAGAGCGAAUUAACCACAAAGACCGAGCUUUGGGAGGAGGCCGUUCUCCUCCAAAGCGAAGGAGUCCUGCAGCUCUCACCGGAGACCGGCCCGAGGCCUCGGGGGCGGGCUGUCAUCGGAUGACAACACAUGUCCCUGCUACGUGUACAUAACCUUGAUGCUUACAUGUAAUUUAAGUGCAGUAGCUGCAUGACGGCAAAGCCUCCGUGUGUGUACAGAAGUAGCGACGUGUGAAUUUGUACAGUACAUGCAAGUGUGUGUGCGCUUGUGUCCGCGAAGAAACCUGUCCGUCGUCACGCCAAAAGCAACACGUGCAUGCACCCUACGACAACUGCGCAGGACACACAAACACAAAGGCCACACUCAUACGACCACACAGACAUGCUCCAGCAGUUGUUCGCCAUGUCGCCACAUUGUCCCGAGCUCUGCCUGUCACUCCGCAUGGAGACUUUACUCUGUGUCAACUUUCUUAUUCUAAUAAACCACUCAGACAUGGACUUCA